AUGCGUGUUUCCACGAUAGUUGAGGGCAAAUUGCAUCAGCUCAAGGAUAAAUGCAUUCGUGGACGCGGUAGACAUCAAGUGACUUGGCAACGCGGUCUCAUAUUCCACGCCUCUACAUUCUUCAUGUCCGUUGAUAUGCACAACAAAAUUUACAAGUAUAAGUCAUUCUCAUACUCUCAUUCCUUCUUUCUUAACGGCAUUAUUUCCAAUAUGAGGACUUCAAGCUUGUUAGUCUUUCUGGUCUUUACCAGAGGUAUUUUAGGUGGUAUCUGCACUCAAAAUCAAUGUGCAGAUGCUAUUACAUCCAUUGGUGAAAUUAACGUUGGUCUCCAAAGUCGUUCAUUAGAUUGCGCCAAAUUCAUAGCGACUACUGUCACUCCCAAUGCUUCCAUUGCUUUGAUCACUACGAGUGCCAAUAUGGAAGAUUAUCCCUACGUUCCUUCUCAAACAACAGCCAAUCAUGGUACAAUUCCUACUUAUGCAUCAUAUUGCACCGACGCAGCUGCGUAUUCCUCUGCCUGUGAUUGUGCGGGAGUUACACCAUCAGCAGUCGUCGCUCCCACUCCAACUACCUACCUUUACGAUAAACUGCCCCUUUGCGCGAAUCCGGCUACAUGUGCACAAGGAUAUAAUGAGGCUUCUUGUGGAAAUGGGGCUGGAAUCUGUAUUCCUGGUGGCGGGAAUGAUGAUUCUGGUUUCUGUGUCGCGGCAGGAACUUGCGGAAUUACCUGUGAAAACAAUUCGGAUUGUACAACUGGCAUCUGUCUCAGGGAUGUUUGUUGUGGUUCUACCUGUUAUAAUCCUUCGGUUCAAUUCGUUACGACAUGGCCUCCUACUCCCAAUAAGCUUGCCAAGAAAGACUUUAGAAAUUUUAAGGAUCUUUUCAGCAAGUUCAAUGGGGCAAAAUCGAAAUUAUUAGGCUCUUCGAAGAACAAGAUCUUGGGUACUCACCUACCUGAAAACCCUCAGCCUACGAACUUCUUUAAGGGAGGAUUUUGA